CGCGCAGAUUGAAACAGUAACUUUUGUAACUAUGAUCGAAUACAUCAAGCCUGGGAGCUAAUCCAGUUGAAAUUAUGUCAGGUCCAAGUCAGUACAGCAGGGUUAAUGGAUGGACCUUGCCAUUACAUCCUCUUCAAUGUCUUUCUUGGCUUGCGGCAGUCCUAUUUUCCUUAGCAUAUUAUGUAUUAUUCGUACCAGCUGCAAUUUCUGAUCUCCAGGUGUACUUGAUUAUCAUCAACGCCGUGUUGAUUUCGUCAUACGUACUAUUCACUAUCAUUGCGGUCACGAUCAAUCCGGCAGAGAAACAAGUUCGAGUCAAACAAGAUAGAAAGGGAAGGAAAAUGCCCACGCUUGAUCCCGCGCAUUCACAUGUAAUUGAGAAUUUCUACUGUAAUCUGUGCGAACUACCAAUUUCCAGCUCAAGAACCAAACACUGUAAAUGUUGCAACAAGUGUGUGUCCAACUUCGAUCACCAUUGCAAGUGGCUCAAUAAUUGCGUUGGCAGUAGGAACUACACUUACUUUAUCGGAAUAUUAAUGAGCGCCUCGAUGUCCUUGACCUUGUCUGUCGUCCUGGCAACGUUCUACAGCAUCGCCUAUUUCACGGACCUCUCCCACGGUUACUGGAUGCAAGGAUACCGCGACAUCGAAGAGGAGGAAAAGGCGCAAGUAUUCUUGGAUGAACUGACCGAAGUCAUCCCGUCCUUUCGUAAGCACUUUGCACCCACAAAGUGUAAAGUCAUGCUUGUGGACGUGCAGUCACUGAACACGCCACUUACGAUCCAGGGAGAGGUACUGAAAGCUGUGGUGCAUUUUACGUAUCUUGGAGGUUGUAUUGGUUCUGACUGUAAUGUGACAGAUGAGGUGAAUGCACGAAUCUGCAAGGCUCGGGCGGCGUUUGCUAACUUGAGACACCUAUGGCGUCAGAAUGAUUUAUCCCUGAAUCUGAAGGAACGUGUGUAUCAAGCUACAGUGCGAGAUGUUUUAUUGUAUGGAUGUGAGACUUGGUCUACUCGAGCAGCGGAACUGAGACGUCUUCAGGUGUUCAAGAAUCGUUGUCUCAGAACCAUAGCUCGCGUCGGUGAAAUUUUCAAGAUAUUCAAUCAACCCAUUCCGGGGGACGUGUACGUUGGUUUGAUGAUCACUAUUGGCCUUCUGAUUCUGGCUACCGAUCUUCUAUUACUACAUCUCCUAUUUUUUCAUGCAUAUCUAUUCGCCAGAAAAAUGACAACCUACGAGUUCAUCGUUUCCAAACGCCAAAAAUCACAAGUUGCACCGCAGAAAUCCACGCCAACAUCGGCGAAACUGGAAGAGAUCGAACGGACGGCAUCUGUGCGUACAACCUUGUCGUUUUCGAUUCCACAAAAACCCGUGACUAACGGAAGACCACGAUCUCCAACUAACGUCAUGAAUUGCGCGGUGGACAAUCCACUGUUUGGAUCAAUAACCGUGCUGGAAGACACGACCGAUUUUCGUCGAGACCCAAGCCAGCCGUUUGGCGAAGAAAUCAAUACCUCAGCACAGAAUACGAAUUACGCUCACGAACCAGACUUUACUGCUAUUGGGGCAACCGUGUCCAAGGUCAACCGUCACGAUGAGUCAAUCAGAAGCUCGGCGCGAAAGCUACCAAUGGGAUCGUGUGCUGGCGAACGUGGCAGCGUGCCAAAGAAUGUCGUCGUUCCGAUCGAAGUAUCCCAUGAACCUGAAACUGGAAUGAAUUAUGUUGACGGUUCAUCCUCUCGGUGGCUAAAUAUGGAGCCGUCCACAGUCCCCGAUGAUAGGCGAGCGUUGCCGGAUGGCCCACUACAGAGAAAACCAGUACUGGUCGACGCACCUCAGGCAGCCUUAAACAAACGCAGCUUCGUAAUACAACACCCCAGAUCACCGAAUGAUGGAAUAUCCGAUGCAAGUGGGGUCAAUUCUCGAUCCAGACAACUGAAUUCAAGAACCGCAUCUUUGACGUCACCGGUAGAGGAUGAGGAGGAGGAGGGAAAAGAAAAUUCCUAUGAUGUCAAUUACGAGACACCUUUAAGUCUCCUGAGGAUCAGCGACUCAGGUGAACAAACGGACGAACUUGAAUGACAAUGCAACAUGCACGACACUACACACACUACCGGUUAGAUAUCAGAACAUUCCAGAUCUUUCUGCGAUUUUCCUUGAACUUUCUUCUGGUGAUGCUCUCCAGCGUGUGUCGCAUUUCUAUUCCAUCGUAUUUUCUGAUCUCUGCAGACAUUCUACCAACAUAUCAUUCAUCUAUUGGGCCAGUUCAACGCUGACAUCUAACAAGAUUGUAUGAAUAUUGAACGUAUACUAUUCUCGUCAUGUAUAUGAAAAUACUGACCAAGAAUUUAUCCUAAUCUCUUAUCAGCACCUUACUUUUUUAAAAAAAAUCCUCAUGGGGUCGAAAUGCCUCUGAACAAGGAAGAUGAGGUGUCGAACAG